AUGACCCUGCCUCGCAUUCACUGCGCCGACUACACGCACCCAGACCUCGGCUCGUGCGCCGCCCCCGGCGCCCCCGAGCCCUGCCGCGUGGCUUACGCAAAGGACUUCACCGCAGUGGACGACGGCAUGGCUGAUGCGGACGGGCACGGCACCAACGUCGCAUCCAUCGUUGCGCGGGUGGCUCCAGGCGUGCAGAUCCUUGCGCUGGACGUCUUCACAAACAACCUGGCAGGCGGCACGUUUGCCUGGGACAGCGACAUCCUAGCCGCCAUCGACUGGGUCGUCAAGGCCAAGACUAGCGGGCAGUACAACGUGUGCGCCAUCAAUCUGUCCCUGGGCAAAGCGGCGUACUACGCGAGCACCUGCCAGGGCGGCGCGUACGAGCCGGCGCUGGCCGCCGCUCGCGAGGCGGGGAUCGCCACAACUGUCGCGGCCAGUAAUGGAGCCAACAAGAACGGCCUGCCCUCGCCCGCCUGCUCGCCGUCGGCGGUGUCCGUCGGGGCCAUCUACGACGACAACUUUGGCGCUCGCGACUGGGGCGUCUGCUCCGACGCCGCCAUCGCCGCCGGCCAGGUUGCGUGCUUCAGCAACAGCGCCAGCUACCUCACUCUCCUGGCGCCGGGCGCCGUCAUCAACGCCGGCGGCUGGAGCAUGGCCGGCACGAGCCAGGCCGCGCCGCACGUCGCGGGGGCGAUUGCAGUGCUCAAGGCAGCCCGACCGGAUGCCAUCGUGUCCCAGAUCAUUGCCGUCCUGCAGUCCAGCGGCAAACUGGUGACCGACCCGGGCAACCGCGUCACCACGUCGCGCAUCGACGUGGACGCGGCGGUCGCGGCCCUCGCCGGCGGCGGCGGCGGCGGCGUGGGGGCCAACACCGACACGGCGCCGCCGAUAGUCAGCGCGUUCCUGAUCAACGGCGGCGCGACGACGACGGCGUCCCUGGACGUGACCCUGACGAUCGCUGCCCAGGACGCGAGCGGCGUUGCUUCGAUGUGUAUCGCCAACGAUGCCGCCGCCGCCGGCGCCGGCUGCGCGCCCUUCGAGGCGUUCUCCGUCUCCAAGGCGUGGCGGCUGGCGGACGGCCCCGACGGUGCGCGCGCGGUGUUUGUCCUGCUGCGCGAUGCGCAGGGCAACACCAUGGCGGCGCCCGCCUCGGCUUCCGUGCAGUAUCUCGCCCCCAGCAGUACGCUCGUGAUCAACAACGGCGCGAAGUACACCAACUCGAGGACUGCGACCUUGGCAAUCGCCGCCGAGGGGGCGACCCCCCAAAACACCAAGAUUUGCAUCACCCAGACUGCGACUUCGGCCGACGGCUGCGCGUCUUGGUCUGGCUUUUCGGCUUCCAAGAAGAUCUCCCUUGGAUCUGCUGCGUCCCAGGGGCUCAGGACAGUCAGGGUCUUCUUCCGCGGCACGGCCGCACCAGCCAACGCGCCGCCGCCAGCUGAGGCGACCGUCACAUUUGACAGUGUCCCGCCGGUGAUGGCGGCGGCGCCGAUGGCGCUCGCUGCGACGGCGACCAGCAGCAGCGUGGCCGUUACUUUCAUCCAGGCCGCCACCGACGACGCGUCCGGAGUUGCGUCGUACACUGUCGUGGGCCGCCAGGCCUCGUUGGCCCCCUCCAAGUGCACCAGUGCAGCCCUCAAAAAGGCGCAGAGCAUCGGCCUGGCGAGCGUCCAGCCGGCGGCGACGGCCUCGGCCGGGGCGGCGGCCGCGCCGGUGAGCGUCUCCUUUUCGGGCUUGAAGCCAGCCGCUUCUUAUGCGUUCAGGGUUUGCGCGACAGACAACGCCGGCAACAUGGCCACGGGCAUCACCGUGGUGGCUAAGACAACAGUUGCCGCUUGA